UUUUGCACACUUCUUGCUUUCUAUUGCAAAGGAACCCUCAUUCGAGGACCCUAAGUUGGAGUGGGUUGACCUUGGACCUAAUUAUUUGUUCCUCUUCCCAAAGUGCUGACUUAAAUUAUAUCUUCUUUUUCUGCUACUUUUUGUUUCUUUUAUUUGUUUGAUCUUAAAGAGUCUUUCUCUUAUGUAGCUUGACUCUCUCGCAACUCAUUAUGUAGAACUCAAAGGUAUCCAACUGUCUCAGCUUCCCGAGUAUUGGAAAAAAGGCACUGACCACCAUACCCAGGCUUUGUCUGCUUCUUACUUCUGUCUAACAGGUCCAUGGGAAAUGGGUGGCCACAGUGUAGGUUGUCCAGCUGCCAGGACCCAGGCUCUGACACUAACAACCCUUAUAAAGGCUUGGCUGCCUGUAUGCCCUCAGGUGGAUGUCAGGGGGACUGCAGCUGAACUUUGAGCAGCUGGGGUGUCAGGACACAAGCAUAUUUGACUAGUGGCAUCCUCCUUUAGAGCAGCCCCUACAGUGUCCCUGGGAUGCUAACCCAGGCUCCCCUUGCUCCCCUGGGUAAAGAGGAGGACCCAGACAAGCUGGAGCUGCUGUCACAGUCCCACACUGUGUAAAUGAACAUGGUCUCUAUGUCAACACAGUUUGGAAAGGGGCUGACAUCCAGUGCCACACCGAAAUACAAGGGACUUGGAUGUCCUUGAACACGGGACAGACUUUUCCCUAGCAUUUCUAGGUAAAGCUAAAGCUGUCUGGAAAUGAGCAUCUGAAGAACUCCCAUUAAUUACACUCUACAGCCUCUGUCCCAGAAAAGGACUCUGUCAGUUGGUUUGGCCGAAUUGGCCCAUGCUUCUGCAGGAGGUGGGAUGGGGCACCUUUCACAGAUGGUGGCCCCAUGCACUGAAGAGAAUCACAUAACUGGAAAACUAAACUAUCUGAUGUUUUUUUUUUUUUUCACAGCCUAUCAAGGGGACCCGCGAUAGGAAUGAAGCCCCUGCCCCUAAUCCUGCUCUGUUGAAAUCACUGCAGUAGCCACCCCCACUCCCAUCUCUAUCUGAAAUGUCACUGAGAUGCCAGCACACAGGUCCAGGAGGUUCUUCUUGUGCUCAAUGGACAACCACCACCCUCUAGUGGCCACAUGAUGCAGCGUCAUCUUCUCGGGAAGAGGUUCAGGGGCACCCAACCUGCUUAUGUCAAUUAACCUGUUGUUAAAGAUGGAACUCAGAAUGCUGGUUACCAGGUAACCAGAGGCCAGCAGUAGCCUUACCCGACUUACUUGUCUGGAGGACCUAGAGGGAGCAAGAUGUUCUCCUGUUUCCAGGGUUCCAGAGGCUCCAGCCACAAAAAAGCCAAGAGCGGUUUCCUUGUUCGCUUUUGGAGACGUUUGAUUCGCCCUCUGUCACACUUCAGGCAUGCUUCCCACAGUGAGCCCAAGGUCUGUUCUCAAAAUGAACAGGAGCCAGACUGUAUGCCCAGGCGCCCCCGAUUCAACUAUAACAGCCCAGAAUACGUGGUACAAAUGAUCCACUACAUACCAGCUGCUGUUCAGCAUAAUGACCAUGUCUGUAUCCGCAUUUUUCUUGCCAUGUACCCAUCGUACGCUAGCACUUGGAAGGUGCUGGACCUGCUGAUGACAACGUAUGCAUCCUUCCGGCCUGACUGUGUAGAAGACCAGCAAACCAAGAGUGACGUAUUCAGCUUUCUGUUCCACUGGUUUAAGAAAUUCCCCAAGGAUUUUUGUGAGUCCCCAGACCUGGAUGUUGUAAGGCAGUUCAUUGACUACGUGAGGCGCAAUGUGCCUUCUGCAGAUGAAGAUACCCAAGCCAGGGAGCUGCUCUCCGUGCUGGAGGAGCAGGAGGCCAUCGCGCUAAACACUGAGGAAGAUUUUGCCACAGCUCCAGAUCCCUCAGAGCAGGAUGCCUCUAGGAGGCAGGAGACGCUGGCUCUGAGGUCAGCUUCUAUGGCAGAGCCACAGGGAGAUGAGCAACCCUGAGAGGAUCCUGAGCUUGUGAAAAGAGCAGUUCUGGAUCCCUUUGAACCAAAAGCCACAAUAGAGCUGCAUCUGACUUUAGAUCAAGCUCUGCCCAUAUCAGCUGAUACACACUCACCUGUAGAUGUGGCUGCAGAUGUGGCUGCAGAUGAGGCUGCAAAUGAGGCUGCAGAUGUUGCUGCAGAUGUUUCAACUGACAGGCAUUUAUUUAUGUCUUACACUGUGUAGUUAGGGACACCAGAUUUCGUUUUCCCUCUGCCUGAGGUUGACAUAUAGUUAGGAGAAUGAUGUGCAGAGUUCUACCCAGCUGAGGUUCCCCACCUAAGCUUAUCUCAUGUCUUUAUAGAAAAUAUCUUAUUGUUAUGCUGGGUUCUGUUUUUUAUAUUGUUGUUUUCAUUGUUGGGUUUUUAAUUAUGUUUGGAUAUUAACAAAAAUGAGUUGUUUACUCUUCUUAAAAUAUAUGUUCUUUUCCCAGUGGUACAAUCUACUUAUGUUUUACCCAUGGACUGCAUCUUUGAGACAAACAGGUUGAUCUCGGAAAUGGGACCCUCAUAGUCCACCAUGGAAGCAGAAAAGCAAGCAGCUGGUGUGACAGAGUGAGCAAAUACCAGUUGUGGUGAACAAUAUAAACUAUGUGCCUAAACUGUG